AUGUCUAGGCAUAAUAAUAACAAUUCAAGGGAAGUAAAAGUAUGCCCGCUAUGCAUUUCAGAUCUCAGUGCAAGCGAGUAUGAUUUCUAUCCUUGCCCAUGCGGAUAUCAAAUUUGUUCUUUCUGUUUUGAAAGAAUUAUAUCAGAAUUUACAAAAUGCUGUCCACUUUGUCGUCGUCCAUACGAUGAAGAUGCAGUUAGUAGGGUAGGUCCUCAAUAUAGACCUGUUCCUGUUGUUCGCCCUCCACCUGAAAAGAAACCAGAACCAUCCGGCUUUAUUAUAUCAAAGAAAAUGGUACAAAUUGUUGGGAUUCCUCAAAGGUAUCUUCAAACUUCACUACUAAUAAGACGGGAUUACUUAGGCCAAUAUGGAGUUAUUAAGAAGAUAGCAAUUUAUUCAAACGAAAAGAUUCCAUUCAGAAAACAAAUACUUCAAGGAAAUUCAUCAGUUUAUGUUAAAUUUAAAUCCCAAUACGAAGCCAAUUUAUGCAUAUUAUCAUUAAAUAAUUUUAAUUUGAAAGGCGAACAAAUAAAUGCAUCCUAUGCACUUACUGAAGAAUGCUCAGAGGCAUUACAAAAUAAAAAUUGCUCGGAGAAGAAAACAUGCUUAAAAGUUCAUAAAAAGAACACUCCUACUAAAAUUCAAUUUACGACCGAAGAAGUAGAGCGCAAAGCCGACCGAUUUAUUAACGCUCUGCGAAUUGAUGUUCCAGAUCAUUACCAAAAUUAUCCAAAGAGGUCAUUUGGUACCUCUUUAUUCCCACCUCCAAGGAUCAUUCCUCCACCAAACGGAAAUCCGCACUUCUUGAUCACAAAUAUCUUCAAUUCUGAAGAUCCUACUUUAUUAGAUUUAGCAAGUUUCCCAGAUGCUAUUCCGCUUCCACUUCCAGUUUCUCAAUCUAGACAACUUUGUAGUUUAAUUGAUGGACUGGGCCUUGAUCAAAGAUAA